CGUGCUUCUCUUCACCCGAUCGCGUGUUCAUCGCUGGGUCCAGCGGCUGCGAUCCGAGCCAUGGAGAGCAUGGAAGCGACCUGGAUGGUUGUGGCUGUGGCCUCCUACAUGAUCUGUGUCUAUUCGAUGGGCACCACUGGGCCCCUCACCGCUUUGGCAGCCUUGCGCAGCAAAGAAGUGGAGAACCAGGACCAAAGCAAGACCGCAGAAAUCAUGGUGCGAAUCCACAACCGUCGCCUGAAAGCCUGGGUUGCUGGGACAGCUCUGAGUUCCGUUUGCGCCGAGGGCUACUGCUUCUUCCUGCUGGUGCAAAGCCAGUUUCACGGUGGGCUUCAGGAUUUUGCCUACUCCCUGCAUUUCUGGACCGCCUUCACUUCUUCUGCUAUCACUCGAUGGGCCUCAAGGCCCACUGGCCAGACGUCCCCUGAGCAGACCAUGGUGGUGAGCACCAUCCUGAAUCUUUUGGGAGUUAUUAAUAGCCUGGACCUGUCGACCCACCUCAUGUGCGCCAACUACCUCGGCAGGGCCUUUGUGGGAAGCUUCUCUCCUGACAUUUGGUUUACGGUGCGCCUGAACUUCUACCUGCUCCCAGCCUUUGUCGCCUGCGCCUACUGGCGCCUGGGCCCUGAAAGGGACAGCUCGAUUUUACCGGCGCUUUUCAUCAAUGAGCUCAUCUCGGUGGUCUUCAUCUCGGUGAUUUUGGGACAACUCAACUACUUAACCAUCCGUCAGGAGCAGAGCACCAUGGAGUUGGAAGAGAAUCUGAAGAAGGAGGAAAUUCAUACUCGAGAGACCGAAUCCAUCUUGAAAGCAGCCAAAGGCCUCCUGGCCGUGAUGUGCGAUUGCUGCGAGCAGCUUUCACCCGAGUGGGAGAUUCUGAAGCCUUCCAACAAGUUCUUGGAGAUGUUCCGCUUUCCCAGUUCUUCGGAGGAGAAGCCUACGAACUUCUCCCUCUUGGAAUUAAUUGCUCUUGAUGAUCGAGACCGCUUCACACAUUUCAUCGACACAUCAGAGGUGGAAGCUGUGACCUCUCUACACUUACGCAUGCACGAUUUCUCUGGAGGUUCUGUUGAUGUACAACUCUUCCAUGUGCCAGUCCCUAACUUAUCUGAGGAAGCAUGUACCUUGCGGCCUCGACACUUGGUCGGCUUCAAUGUGAAGGACAUCCGGGAGCCGCGACUGCUCCGCAGGGACAUUCCCAGCAUCCCUGAAGGGGAAGUGCUGGAAGAUUAUUCGGAGGAGUGCGCCAGUGUGAGCUCCAGCGAAGAAGCUAGCCAAUCAAGUCAGAGUAGCCACAGGCUGAAGGCUCAAGUGGAGAACAUGACUUUUGCUUCCAAAGACCCUGCAUUCCUCAGCCAUCUUUUGCAGCAUGUGCACCUGUUGGAGCGAGUCAAGCUCACCUUGGACCUUCACACCUGCCAAGAAGGCUAUGCCAUACGAGAGAUGACCCUCUCCUUUCACAAGGAACCAGCCGGCGCAAGUUCAAGCAGUUCGCUCUAUUUUUACAAGUUCCUGAAGAAAAGGUCUCGCGCUGAGGUGGAAGAUUUCCUCCAAGAGCACGUGAAUUCCUUCUACUACGGCGUCGACUGCUCGGAGCGCUGUGCCGGUGUUAAGAUGAAGAUUCCAAAUGUUGGUGCCAUCAUGGUGGGUGAGAUGACGGUACAAGAGAUACGCCUCUCAGAGGAGCAAUUCCACUUGGAGCUGGACAUGAGAAACUUGGUGGGCAGAAAAUGAGGACUUGUAAUAUUAAAUAGUACAUGUUGAUUGUACUAUAGUGCUUGCAUGUGCUUGCAAUUGUCCAAGCUGAGCAUAGAUCAAGCCAGUGCUGCUCAAGGAAGAUCAUGAGCAGUUUGCUAAGUGAAUUGUUAGUUUCACAAUCGUUGAACUCGCUUAUGCAGCGAACUGCGAGCGCAGAGUCAUCUUGGGACAGAUGUUUUUAAAAA